CCCCGGCCCGGCCCGGAGCCGCUGGGUGCCCAUCCCGGCGGCGCUCGGAGCCAGCCCGCUGCGGGCUCCCGGCGGCAGCGAUGCCGCUCGCCCAGCUGGCCGAGCCCUGGCCCGACAUGGAGCUGGUGCAUCUGGACACGGAGAACGGRCAGGCAGCUCCAGAGGAAGGUGGGAAUCCUCCAGCCAAGGUGAAAUCUGAGCUCCCCUGGAUUGAGAAGGACCUGCUGGAUUCUACAGAUAAGGGGGAAGGUGUGCAGGAGAUCAACAUCACCCACCAUGUGAAGGAGGGUUCUGAAAAGGCUGAUCCCUCCCAGUUUGAGCUCCUCAAGGUGCUGGGACAAGGCUCCUUCGGAAAGGUUUUCUUGGUGAGGAAAAUAACACCCCCAGACAGCAACCACCUGUAUGCCAUGAAAGUGCUCAAGAAGGCGACGCUGAAAGUGCGGGAUCGACUGAGGACAAAGAUCGAAAGGGACAUCCUGGCUGAUGUCAACCAUCCCUUUGUGGUGAAACUCCACUACGCAUUCCAGACAGAGGGGAAGCUGUACCUCAUCUUGGAUUUCCUCCGAGGAGGUGACCUUUUCACUCGGCUUUCCAAAGAGGUGAUGUUCACCGAGGAGGAUGUGAAGUUCUACCUGGCAGAGCUGGCACUGGGACUGGACCACUUGCACAGCCUGGGGAUCAUCUACAGGGACCUCAAACCAGAGAACAUCCUCUUGGAUGAAGAGGGGCACAUCAAACUCACAGAUUUUGGUUUGAGUAAGGAGGCCAUAGACCACGAGAAGAAAGCCUACUCGUUCUGUGGGACUGUGGAGUACAUGGCCCCCGAGGUGGUGAAUCGCCAGGGCCACUCACACAGYGCUGACUGGUGGUCCUACGGGGUGCUCAUGUUUGAAAUGCUCACGGGCUCACUGCCCUUCCAGGGGAAGGACCGCAAGGACACCAUGACCCUCAUCCUCAAAGCAAAGCUGGGCAUGCCACAGUUCCUGAGCGCCGAGGCUCAGAGCCUCCUGCGAGCCCUUUUCAAAAGGAAUCCAGCCAACAGAUUAGGGUCUGGGCCAGAUGGGGCAGAGGAGAUCAAACGCCACCCMUUCUACUCCACCAUCGACUGGAACAAGCUGUACCGCAGGGAAAUCAAACCCCCCUUCAAGCCUGCAGUGGGGCAGCCAGAUGACACCUUUUAUUUUGACACUGAAUUCACGUCACGGACACCAAAAGAUUCCCCGGGUGUCCCCCCGAGUGCAGGGGCCCAUCAGCUCUUCCGAGGAUUCAGUUUCGUGGCGACGGGGUUGAUGGAGGAUGGCAAAGUGAAACCUGCCCAGCCACCCCUGCAUUCGGUGGUGCAGGUAAGGAAUGGGGACAGAGGUAGAGACCCUUCUGAGGAGAUUGAGAUCCUGCUGCGCUACGGGCAGCACCCAAACAUCAUCACCCUCAAAGAUGUGUAUGAUGACGGGAAGUAYGUGUACCUGGUGACUGAGCUCAUGAGGGGAGGCGAGCUGCUGGAUAAAAUCCUCAGACAGAAAUUUUUCUCGGAGAGAGAAGCCAGUUCAGUCCUGCACAUGAUCUGUAAAACAGUGGAGUAUCUGCAUUCCCAAGGGGUGGUUCACAGGGACCUGAAGCCCAGCAAUAUCCUCUACGUGGAUAAAUCAGGGAACCCUGAAAGCAUCCGAAUUUGUGACUUCGGCUUUGCCAAGCAGCUCAGGGCUGAGAACGGGCUCCUCAUGACCCCCUGUUACACAGCAAACUUCGUGGCACCCGAGGUCCUAAAACGCCAAGGCUACGACGAGGGCUGUGACAUCUGGAGCCUGGGGGUGCUGCUGUACACGAUGCUGGCUGGCUGCACUCCCUUUGCAAACGGUCCCAGUGACACUCCAGAAGAGAUCCUGACCCGGAUAGGAGGGGGGAAGUUCUCCAUCAGUGGGGGCAAUUGGGACACUAUUUCUGACAUGGCCAAGGAUCUGGUAUCAAAGAUGCUCCACGUAGAUCCUCACCAGCGUCUCACAGCCAAGCAGGUUCUGCAGCAUCCGUGGAUAACCCAGAAGGACAGUUUACCCCAAAGCCAGCUCAAUCACCAGGAUAUUCAGCUUGUAAAGGGUGCCAUGGCUGCCACGUACUCAGCACUCAACAGCUCCAAGCCAAGCCCUCAGCUGAAGCCCAUYGAAUCCUCCAUCCUGGCACAGAGGAGGGUGAAGAAGCUCCCCUCCACCACCCUGUGAGGCCCAGGAGCAGGAACAGCCCGGAUUUUGCACACCUAUGGAAGAGGAGGACAGGGGAUGGGCAGGGUCUGCACAGGGGCUCCCUUGGGGACUUGCUCUCAAAAGGCCAAGUGCCUUCCUGCUCCUCAAAGACUGGCUCCUCCUCGUGGAAGGCCUUUGCUGAGAGAACUUCACUGUAAAACUUCUCUGAAGUGUAAAUGGUCGAUUUUUAAAGAAAUCCAUCUGUGUAUAUGAGAACUAGAAUGUAUAAUGAUGUCAAGUGGCACUAAAAAGCAGCUCUGAUUCACCCUUCCCUGUGUAGGGCCAGGUAUGUGUUGUUGCUACAGCAUUUCUUGGAAUUGAUCCUCUCCAACUCCACUGCAGCUGGAAGACUGUGCUCACMCUUGGGGUUUAGGUUUUGGGGCUUUUCUCCUUCGAACCUUUGGAUGCAUUUCCCAAAAGCCAGCCCUGCAGCCUCCCCAGCCAGCAGCACCAGUGUCCAUGAAGGACCUCCCUCCCCUCCAUGUCCUGUGUGUUUGUUCCACAUAAGGUGGAUUUUCCAGCCUCKGUUUCUCCCUCUCUCCCACACUUCCUCAGCCCAGCCAGAGCUCAGAUCUCUGAAUGAAAUAAAUCCUGGGUUUUCCCAGCCCUCCCAUAGAUGCUCGGCAGGCCAGGACACUCCUGGGUUUGGCUCUUUCCUUCCCUCUGCCCUCCCAUCACUGGGAAUUUUGUCACCUAUGCAGGGGRGAUGACAACAAGCCGAGGCUUUGGGCUGGCUCUGGCUGCUUUUACCAUUUGGGGUUUUCYUUCCCCUCAGCAGGAACCUCUGAACCAAACCACCCUUUCUUUUUUUUUUAAUUUAACUUUGUUCUACAGCCAGUAACUCAGGGUUUCUUUCUGACUCGUACAAUAAACGUGUCAUUCAGGUGACAUCCUGUUMCUGAUGACUUUUAGUGCAGCACCAGCGACCCCAGUCCUGUCCCAGCCACUCCCCUGUGUUUGCAGGGACAGUGCUCCUUMUCUGCCUGUUUUUCAGGCCCUUUAWGGGAAACCAGCAGUGCUGCCUCUCACACCACCUUCUUUGGGAUGGGAGGUGAUCAGAACCAGUCCUGGAAUGAAACAGGAACCARCAGGAAUGGUGGCAGCAUGCAGAGGGGAAUUUCUUGCUCUCAGGGCAUUUCUGUGCUAAUAGAAACCAACAUGUGGAGGCAAACUAUGCUAGAAAUAAAUGCCCACCCCAUUCUGACCUGCAGGAAAUUGCUGGAGCUCCAUGGUGGCAGUUUCUGGGAAGAGUAGCAUUGUUAUAAGGGCUGCAAACAGAACUCAAGGAUGUGACUGGAGCCAGCAAAGGUUCUCAUGUGGAUUUUUGCUGCUUGUAGCUGAUCAUAUCACAAGAGAGGAAACUCUUCUUUCUUCAGUCUCAGUUGGCUCUAAAAUGGAGAAUUCCAUAAAAAUCAUUUUCUGAGAUGCACAGUGCUCUUCUACUCUACCCUAGUCCAAGCAGCUCCUGUGAGCAGCCAGUGAGAACCUGAAAUAGUCACAGUUUUUUUUUUCUUUAUUCCAAGUGCAGCCUGAGUGUCCAGUGCUCCUGAGAGGAAGAGGCCAGCACCAGUCCCCAGUGCAUCUUCUUACUGGUAUUGCCACCAACCUCAGCAGAGAGGGAUUCAAUGUUUUGCUGAGAUUUGGGGAGGGGGACACUCCACCAUCCAAAAUGYCUUCCUUAAAAAUAUUCGAGGCAUGAUGUUCCCUACAACUCCACUGUGCAAUUUUUAGAUAUCUGCAACCAAUACAAUAAUUACAACCAUUUUUCUGGAGCUGGGGUCAGCCUCUUUGGGCACUUUUGGGCCUUGCAGGAACCUCAGCAGAUUUUCAGAAUAUUUUUGAUGUAUUUCAAGGGCAGGUCUGGAAAGGGGUUGGAUGCCAACCCACCACAAAGGGAACAAGGGCUACACCUUCCUCUCUGGGGGGCUUUUAACCACAUUGUUUUGAGUGAUCCAUCAGUAAAAAUAAGUCUGGAUUUUUAGUUCCAAAUCAACCAAGUGCUGUUACUUUUUUAAUUCCAGUGCUCAAUAAAAACAGAUUUGUUUAACUUUCUGUAUAUGAAAACUGUAGGUGUUUGUGACARGCUGGGCUCUCUCCUUCUGUGUCUGGUUUUGUCCUGACCUUUACCAAAAUGCUGUUGUCAUAUUAACUGAAAUUGCAUUAUUUGAGGUGAAAGUUGGGUAUCUAAUGUCUGUUGGGGGAACGUGCUGUCUGACAGAACAAACUAUUUGAUCUCACAAGAAUUUUGAGUCAUUCAGCUUUAACCUUGGACAAAGAGGAUAUUACAAAUUAUCUCAAUUUUAGAAGG